ACUGAAAACUAUCAGGCUCUCUCACAUGAUGAAUAUGACUCGUAUUUAUCAAUCUUCCUUCCUCAUAUAAAAAACGACGAAAACUAGUACAAAUUCCUUGCACUGCUCCUCUCAAAAAAUAGGGUAGCUUACAUCAACUUCUCCUUUGCUUUCGCCAAGCUCCAGGCCCCUAAAGCUGCCCUUAUUUAUUGCCUCACGUUUUACCUCUCUUUUGUCCAAUUCUUGUUUCACAUCUUCCUCAUUUCCUCACUUUGUCUUUCUCUUGAAACCCAUGGAAUCAUUUAACUUUCUCAAAUUCUGGCGUAAUACUGCCGCUGUUAGGGAUAUUGAUUCUGAAAUUGAUUCCGUCAAAAAGUUUGCGGUUUCGGAUGUUGUUGAUUAUGUAAAGAAUCCGGCACCUGAUGAAGAAGAAAUCGAUAACGAAGAAGACUCGUUUUUCGAUUUGGUAUUCACAGAGAAUGGAUACCACAAAGAAAACAACAUUCCCAAACCCGAGUCUCCUACAGACGUCUUUGUUAAACCAAAACCUUUACCAAAUGACUCCAACUCAAAGCCUCAUUCUCCGAAUUCAGUCCUUAAUUCUACUGCUCCCAAGUUUCGCGUCUGUUUUUUGGGGUUCAGGAAGUCAUCAAAACCGGAGAAAGUGGACAUUCCCAAGGUUCACUCCAAAAUGUCCUUGCCUAAAGCAAAUGAGAGCAAAGUGGAAGAGGUUCCAAUCAGCUGCAUUUCCUUCAGCUUACAAGGAACUAAACUUCAGACAGUUGAUGAGGACUCGUCAAAGCAAUUUGCCAGAGCGGAUAUGGCGGCCAAGUAUUUGAAAUUAAUGAAGCCUUUGUACUCCAGAGCUUCGAAAAGAUUCACCGAGAAAAGCAAAGUAACAGAACAACUUUCAAGAGCAAGUCAAACAUCAUCUUCUCCAUCAGUGCAAUCAUUGAGCUCACCGAGAAACUCAUCAGAAGAGAAACAGGGGAACAGAGUUGCGGUACUUGGUGCUGUCCGUAAACGCCUUGCGAAGAGCCGCUCGACCGCGUCCUUCUCCACCGGAGCUUCACCUUCUCUGAUAAAUCGCCGAGACAAUUCACUGCUGCAGGAGCAAAAUGACGGGAUCCAAAGUGCUAUUCUUCAUUGCAAGAGAUCAUACAGUUCAGCCCGAAAAGACUGUUCAGUGUUAUCAUCAAGAAAUGCAAAUGAAGACCUGCCAAGGGCCUCUUGUGACGAGCAGAACAGAUGGAGUAUUUGAAUAAAAUAAUCUUAAGCUAUGUGUGUCAAUAUUUUGAAACUAAAUUAGAUAGCGGGAACAGAUGUCUUGUUCCCUUUGUUGAUGAUAUCAUUACACAGUAACUUUUAUUUAUUUAUUUACGAACUAAGUACCGUGAAAGAAGUAGAAUAGUAUGGUUUUCGAUGUAAAGUGACAGAGUAACAAGAUGGAGUUAUGAUUUGUAAACAUUUUUUAAGUUUUUUUUUUUUUUUUUAAAGAUCUUUUAAGUGUUUCAGAGGUUAUCUGUGAAGUGUAAAUGUUGUUAAAUAUCGUCAUUAUUAUGUUGUGAGCUCCAAUUUCCAAAUAAAUAAACUUCUUGUGGCCGAA